AUGGACGAGGAAGCAGAUCUCGCUUUGCUGGAUCAACAUCUUCUGAAGACGAACCUACUCUCUCAGCGAAUGACCAAUAUCCUUGGUCAAUUGGAUACGAGACUUUCAAGAUUAGAUAAAACUAUAGCACCUUUAGGACUUGGACCAUUGACUAAGAAGGAUACUAAUAUCGAAUUAAUAUUACAAGCUUUGAAUGGUAAUGGUAAUGGUAAUGGUAACUCUUCGCAAUCUUCCUCAUCGAAUAAACCAUCAUCUUCAAUACCUCCGUUAAGACCUCUUCGGAGUAUACCUGUACCAUCGUUCAAUUCGGACUCAAAUCCUAGUCCGACCAUUCAAACUACAGGUUUAGGUUCACUUCCUAAGAAUAAUGGCAUACUAUCACCGAUAUCCUCGCCGUCAAUCUCGAAACCAUCUCCAGUAUCAGGACCUUCAAUCAAAGGCUUCUCUUUGGGAACACCACUAGGAAACCCGUUACCAUCACAUUUGAGAACACGUACGAAUGACCUAUCUCCAAUCCAAUCUGCUGCUCCUUCAACGACAGCCAGUCCGGCAGACGAAACUGCUUUAUUAACCAGGGGACCGGAUAUCAUGUCUCUAUCUGAAUACAAUACUGCUUUCGAUGGAGUUGUGACUGAUCUGGAAAGGAUGUAUAAAGGUUUGAUGGAAGGUAGAGGUGGUGCGAGGGAAGCGGGUGUAAAGGAUUUGGCAAGUUCUCCAUUUUUUCAUUGGGAUAGCGCCCUCGUCGAGAUUGGGUUCUCGGGAAUGACACAGCUAUUCCUCAAGAUAUCGAAAGAUGGAAUGGGUAAAACUAUCGAUGCUGAGGCUCUACUGAAUAGUGGUCCCCCAACACCCCCAACACUCUUUCCACCAAUUAACACUCUCCUCCCUCUUACAUCCAAAAUCAACUCAACCCUCUAUCCAAGGAAUCCAACUCCCAAGACCCUCUCUAUCGUUCAACCAAUAUGGGAACAAACGAUAUCUUCCUUCGCUGAGAUGAGAGGAGAUUGGUUUUGCCGAUGUCUCAGCGGACUAGUGAGCAGAGUGGAAGAGAUUGAUGAAGGUGGGAUCUGGUCAGAAGGAAGAGGUAGAGAUAAAGUGAGAGGGUUAGUUGGGUUAUGGGAAAGUCUUUUAAAUCUUGCUGAGGCCGAGACAUUACUCAUAACCACAUUAUUCCCUACUCCUCCACCUACUUUAUUGCUUCAAACUCUAUCUUCACCCACACAACUUCUCACUUCAACAUUACAACCUACUUUGAAUUCCAUCAAAAAAUCACUAUCAUCACAAAUAUUCACAGCGCUAGACCUAUAUACAUCGUUGACAAAAACACAAAUAUCGUGGGAUCAAGGUUUGACCAAAUGUUUUCAAAUGACAUACACACCUUCAUCACCUGAAACAAAAGAUAAUUUAUCGAUUUUGAAUCAACCGAUAUCGACUUUGAGAUCGUUGUCAUUAAGAUCAUUCCCUGAAUUAUUAGUUGAUAUCAGAACAACACAAAUUGAUGGACCUCCAACUUCCUCUAUAUCAGAAACGACCCACUCGACUCUGAAUUAUCUGGAGACUCUACCUCAAUACGAAAAUGUCGUCGAAGGUCUAUUGGGUAAAAGUCACAGUGAAAGAUCUUGGUUGAUGGGUCAAAAAGAUCCUCCUAGUCCAGCUAGAAAUGCCAAUGAAGAAGGCGGAACUGUCAAUCUGUUUGUCGCCGAUGUACUCGGCACUCUUCUUAUUCAUCUGGAUGCAAAAUCAACGUCGAUGCGAAAACCUAUUGGACAGGCAUUCUUACUGAAUAACCUGUCGCACAUAAGGAAUACAACAUCUUCCUUCAAUUCUGAUAUCAUCGGACCUGGAGCGGAAGACAUGUUGAACAAGGCAUUCAGAGAUGCUAAAAGUCAAUACUUGACAGAGUUCCAUUUGUUGGUCAACUUGCUGACGACAACACAUUCAACGCCGCGGUUCGGUGUACCUGUGCCACAAGGCGAAAGACAUCACUUGAAAGAAUCUGCAAAUCAAUUCUUCGAGAAAUUAGCCGAAUUAGAGAAUAUAGUCUUACAAUAUCCAUUGAAUAGACAGGACCCAGAUAUGAGAGACAGAAUCUCGAGAGAAGCAGAGAAUAUCAUAAGAGGUGGUUAUGAUGCCUUUUGGGGCAGAUGUGCUGGUAAAGGUAUUGAGAAAUAUCUAAGAGGUUCACCGGAUGAUGUUACAAGGAGAGUACAAGCUAUGUUCCGGUGA